CUUGGAAAUCGCGUUGGGAGUUCUACUUUUGCAAUAUGACACGAAUCUUUCAGUGCACGUUGUCUUCAUCGUUGAAACGAAGAUGCGUACAAACGACUCCCUUAUGGAGGAAACAAGCGUAUGCCGCUUGCUUGACUCGAUCGUUCUCGUCAACAAAACCAUCGUUCGAAAACAACGCUGAACCAAAGGAACCCAAGGCUGACCAGUUUCCUUGGCUGUUAAGCUCCGAGGGCCCACGCAUAGCGAAACACGAUUACCCGACGUCGGCCGGUUCAUUUGGAUUUCUCACUUUAUUUCCAAAAUUCAUUCAGCAUGGCAUGUGCUUUUGGGCCGCCAAAGGGUUUAUGGGUGUGAAUAUGGGAGCAGACUACUUUCCUGAUCAAUUUCUUGUGGGAGCAACCAUGGCUUUACGGCAGGCCGUCACAUCAAUAUCACAACAGAUAACGGACCCUACCACAGAGAAAGAAGAAGCGCUGGAAAAAAUGCUGGGAAAACCACUUUUGGACCGCUUCAUGGAAGCAGGGAAAGCUCUGCACGGUGCUGAACUCUCGAUCCAAGUACCGCAGGUGUACGACGCUGAAUUGAAAGAUAUCUGGAUUAACGUCGGCACCAACGAAGCAUUUAAAAACCAUCGUAAAUUCGAAAUAGUCGAAUGGAUGACGUUCAGAAUGGCAAUGGAGAAAGGAAAAGACGACUCGCCCGAAUCGUAUUCCGAUUUCAACUCGCGUAUCACCAAUUCAUGGUUGUCGGCCGUACAGAUCAAUGUAGAUGUGGCGAUCGAUGCGGACAUUGUUUACAAAGUGGCCAAAGGAGACGAUGUCCUCUUAUACGACGAAGGACGGCGCUCGGUCAUGUUGCGCCUGGGUAGCCCCUAUUUCGAGCCUGCAAAAAAGAUGGUAUCAGGAAGAGAUCCCGAUACACUCGAACCAUACAAUGACUGGACUUGGAAAAUCGUUGAUAUCGACCAGCUGUUAGAAAAAGAAGCCCAAGAACAUCAAGACCAAGAUGAAGACGAAGAUCGAGAUUAAUUUUUUUUGGCCAUGUCUUCUUUUUGAUCAUGUAAUAUAUACACACUUGUUUUUAAAUCAUCUUUAUAACUUUUUUUUGUAUGUGUAAAGUCUAAGUUGGAAAAAGAGAGUGGUUUAUUGCCAAUACUAGACCAUUUAGACACCCACGCAAUAAGCUUUGCCAGUGUCCAGGUUAUCACAGACGUGAUCACCGAGGUGAUGAAGGCCCUUGUUCCAGCUGUACAAUUGAUCAACGCUAAUAUGGUUUUUCUUUGCAACAUCGACGCAUCCGUUAUCCGAAGGAGUAACCGUAUAGAACUUUUUGCAGUUGGGGACGAUGUGGUUGACCUUGUUAGGUGGACCGGUAGGAGAAGUAGGCUUGGAAGGCUUGCUGGGCUUCUUGGCAGGCUUCUUGGCA